CAUUUCAGUCUUUGUUGCUGAAACCUCUCUUUUGUCUCAUCAUCGUCUCUGAACUUUACUUCGGAUCUGAUGAUCUUGAGAGAGGAGCUCGGUAAUUCUCUCUGCAAAUGGAAAAUGCCUAAGAUUUUCUCCUAAGAAACCGCGUCAGCAUCUCAAUCUCUUACUUUCCCACAUUUGGAGAAACAGAUGCAUAGAGAGAGGCAUAUGUUAAUGUGCUGAAGGAAUGCCCCUAAUGUGACAUGAGGGAACUUUUCCAAUUCAUGUCGUAUAAGCAAGAGAUGAAAGGUGGAAAAAUCAUUAGGCUGAGGGGGGGAUAUCUUUCCAUUGCCCUGAUUGUUCUUAUGUUUACAACCAUAUUGUUAUGGGCUUGGGAUAAAAGCUAUUUUGCUAGUUUUCUUCCAUUGACAAGAGAGCAGUAUAUGAUACCAGUUUCAGAAUAUGCAGUGGACGUGUCAAAUAGUUCCUCAACAUCAAUUAAGCCAAAGUAUGAAGUGGCUAAGUCAGUGGAUAAAAUGAAGGAAAGAAGUAAUAAUACCGAUGAAAAAGAAAAACCAAGAAAAAGCUCAGACUACUCUGAUGCUCAUUCUGCCUCCAAGCUCCCUCCCGAAUUAAAAGAAAAUGAAGAUGGUGUUAUCUUGUCUCCUUCCUCUAAAGUUUGCAACUACGCCAAAGGUAAAUGGGUUGAAGACAACAGGCGUCCAUGGUAUUCUGGACUAGGAUGUAAACAAUGGCUAUCAAUUAUGUGGGCCUGUAGACUUACAAAGAGAAAGGAUUUUUCUUAUGAAGGAUAUAGGUGGCAACCGGAAAACUGCUACAUGCCAGAGUUUGAGCGUUCUUCAUUCUUGAGAAGAAUGCAGAACAAAACACUUGCGUUUAUAGGAGAUUCCUUGGGUAGGCAGCAGUUUCAAUCUUUAAUGUGUAUGCUCACUGGUGGUGAAGAAAGCCCCGAAGUCGAAGACGUGGGAGGAGAAUACGGUCUCGCCAAAGCUCCCGGGGCUCUUCGACCGGAUGGGUGGGUUUAUCGGUUUCCAAACACAAACACCACGAUUCUAUAUUACUGGUCAGCAAGCCUGUCUGAUCUAGAGCCUCUUAAUAGAACAGAUCCAUCAACAAAUAUCGCGAUGCAUUUGGACCGACCCCCAGCUUUCAUGAGAAAGUUCCUCCACCAAUUUGAUGUAUUGGUUUUAAAUACAGGACACCAUUGGAACAGGGGAAAACUUAAAGCAAAUAGGUGGGUGAUGUAUGCUGAUGGAAAACCGGUAGAAGAAAAGAAGCCUUUGGAUAUGGGGAAUGCCAAGAACUUGACUGUCAACAGCAUUGUCAGAUGGCUUGAUUCGCAACUUUCCCUGCAUCGUCGUAAUCUUAAAGUUUUCUUUAGGACAAUUUCGCCGAGGCAUUUCUUCAAUGGGGAUUGGAACACUGGGGGAUCCUGUGAUAAUAUGAUUCCAAUGUCAGGGGGGAGUGAGGUUGUCCAAGAUGGAUCUAGCGACACUGUUAUUGAAAGUGCUUUAAAGGGUACCAAGGUAAAGAUCCUGGAUAUAACUGCCAUCUCUCAGUUGCGAGACGAAGGCCACGUGUCGCGCUAUACUCGUAGAGCAAUCCUAAACACAAGUGAUUGCUUGCAUUGGUGCUUGCCUGGCAUACCAGAUACGUGGAAUGAACUUCUAAUUGCACAGAUAUAGUUUUCCAUAACAGUGCUUCAAGACAUUCACAAGUAGAUUCCGUCUUUCAUUUUUUUUGUAGUCUAAGAAGGCUAGAGUAUACAAGAUUCUUAGUAAUGGUUGUAGCUGGGAAUAUAUCAAUUUACUCCAAGGAUGUUACACGUAUCCACGUAUUCUACAAGGCGAAGAAGCCGACCUAUUUCGACUUGCAGUAUAAGAAUAGUAUCAAUAAUACCAUUUUGUUUCUUCACAAAUGUUUACUGUUGCUGGCAACAAAUUUCUCUCAUACGAUUUGCUUGGUGAAAAGUUGUUCUUGGUUUAAUAUGGUUAAUUGCAUCAGUGGCUGCCCCGAUCCAUGCGAGUUGUAGCUUUUAACCACGAAGCAAUCUGGUCGAGUUGAAAAGCAAAUCACUUCAAGUAAGGCUUUCUACUUGUUCCCUCUGAAAAGUUGUUACUUUUAGAACAUUCUUUUGAUAGAUCGGUUAAUAUUCAUCGUUGAGAAUCCUAAACUCUUAUCAGAAAGGUCAGAGAAAAUUUGUUGCUUAGUCGAUAUGUAUCAUUCCACACGAACAACCUUGUUACAUCAACAGAAAUUUGACUGAAUAAUAUUAUGAUAAAACUCAAUCGUUGAAAAGUA